AUAAAUAAAUAAAUUAAAAAAGAGGGGACGAAUUUAGAAUUUUUAAGAACUCACUACUUUAUUUUUUUUCGCCCAAUCUGCAAAAUGGUUUCAAUUGACACCACAAAUUCCACCACCGCCAAUGGCCAUGCCGCUGCCAAAGCAGCCGUGGCUGAUGCGGCCACCGCUCCUCCGGCGCCGGAGUCCAACGGUUCUCAGCCGGAGUUCGACGCAUAUCGGAGAAGGAAAUCGACGCUUUUGCCUUUGGAGGUCGGUACGCGCGUCAAUUGCCGGUGGCGCGACGGCAAGUACCACCCUGUGAAGGUUAUCGAGCGCCGCAAGCUUUUCUCCUGUGGAGCCAACUAUUAUGAGUACUAUGUUCACUACACUGAAUUCAACCGCAGGCUUGAUGAAUGGGUAGACCUUGAUCAACUUGAUCUCGGCUCUGUAGAAACUGAUGUGGAUGACAAGGUUGAGGACAAGGUAACAGGCUUGAAAAUGACGCGUCAUCAGAAACGUAAGAUUGAUGAAACACAUAUAGAGGGCCACGAGGAGCUUGAUGCUGCUAGCUUGCGAGAACAUGAAGAAUUUACCAAAGUUAAAAAUAUUGCAACAAUUGAACUUGGAAAAUAUGAAAUUGAGACCUGGUACUUUUCCCCAUUUCCACCCGAAUACAAUGACUGUACAAAGCUGUUCUUUUGUGAAUUUUGCCUGAAUUUCAUGAAACGCAAAGAACAGCUUCAAAGGCACAUGAAGAAAUGUGAUCUUAAGCAUCCUCCUGGUGAUGAAAUAUAUCGAAAUGGGACCUUGUCAAUGUUUGAGGUUGAUGGCAAAAAGAACAAAAUUUAUGGGCAGAACCUUUGUUAUUUGGCCAAGUUGUUUCUUGAUCACAAGACCUUGUACUAUGAUGUAGACCUCUUUUUAUUUUAUGUUCUAUGUGAAUGUGAUGAUCGGGGGUGCCACAUGGUGGGCUACUUCUCCAAGGAGAAACAAUCAGAGGAGUCUUAUAACUUAGCUUGUAUUCUCACUCUUCCUCCUUAUCAGAGAAAAGGCUAUGGGAAGUUCCUGAUUGCAUUUUCUUAUGAACUUUCAAAGAAGGAAGCCAAAGUUGGAACACCAGAACGACCCCUUUCAGACCUGGGCCUAUUGAGCUAUCGUGGAUACUGGACACGUGUUCUUCUAGAUAUACUGAAAAAACACAAAGGCAAUAUCUCCAUUAAGGAGCUCAGCGACAUGACGGCCAUCAAGGCAGAGGAUAUAUUGACUACCCUUCAGAGCUUAGAGUUGAUCCAAUACCGGAAGGGACAGCACGUGAUAUGCGCGGACCCAAAGGUUUUAGAUCGUCAUCUCAAAGCUGCUGGCCGAGGCGGUCUUGAUGUCGAUGUCAGUAAAUUGAUUUGGACUCCGUAUAAAGAGCAGAACUGAUCUCAAAUCUAAUGGAUGGAAGCCCCAUUUCCCCCCUUUUCUCACUCCAGUUGAAACUGUAUAUAAAACUCCACCUUUGUUAACGUACUAGAAUUUUCUUAUCAGAAAUUGUCAAAUGUCUUGAUAUAGCAAUUUAUGAGAGUGUAUGCAUCUUAAUUACUAUAUACUCUUAUUGUUUCUUUCUCUAGUCAUAGUUGAUUAAACUUAGAUGGUGAUAUAUUUGUCUCC